AUGGGCUGGGGGCUCCGGCUGUGCGUGCUGGGCGGCCUGGCUGCCUGGACGCAGCGGCGCCGGGCGGCGGCGGCGGCCGCCGAGUGGAGCGACAGCGAGGCCGGGCGGCGGCGGUAUCUGGAGCUGAGGCUGGUGCAGGUCCUGUUCCGGCACGGGGCGCGCACCCCGCUGCGGCCGAUCCCGGGGAUAGAGCCGCGGGUGGAAUGGCAACCCACUCUUUUGGAUGUACCUCCUAGGACUAAGUUUGAAUACAUGGUGACAGACCUAAAGGGAGGACCUCAACCUCCCUCGCUCUUGGAUGAGGAAUACUGUAAGACUGUUUUUAAGGGUGGUGCAGCCGCAGGACAGCUGACCUGUGUGGGGAUGAAGCAGAUGUACACCCUGGGGCAGCGGCUGAGGAGAAACUAUAUGGAAGAAGUCCAGUUUCUUUCACCAAUAUUUAAGUCUGCUGAAGUCUUCAUCCGUUCCACUAAUAUUGUCCGGAAUCUGGAGUCCACACGCUGCGUGCUAGCUGGGCUGUACCAAGAGCAGAAAGAAGAUCCUUGUUCCAAAGUUUCUCUUGAAGUUCCAGUCAUUGUCACUGAUGAAGCAUGCACUGAAAUACUCUACCCCAAUUACCAGAACUGCCGGCGCCUGAAAGACAUGACCAGGAGUAAGUCAGAGAAUGCUAUGCACCAGCCAGGCAUCUGUGAUGACUUGGCAAAAAUUAAGAAGAGUAUGUGCAUUAAUGAUGAUGAAUCUCUGGAUUUUUUUGUCCUCCUCGAUAACAUUUCUGCUGAGCAGGCACACAAUAUGCCAAGCUUCCCUGCGCUGAAGAACUUCCAGCCGACGGUGGAACGCCGAUGUGUUGACUCCAUGCUUUUCGUUCUGGGAGACACUUGUUCCAGAGAAAUGCUUCAGAUGAGUAUUGGCCUCCUGCUCAAUACUUUGGAGAAGAACAUUAAAGCAGCAGUAAAUCCCUCAAAUCCAGCUGAAAAGGCCAGAAAGCUCUUCCUCUACGCUUCUCAUGACUCCACUCUUAUUCCUCUCCUGCUGGCACUGGGCACCUUUGAUAACAAGUGGCCACCUUAUGCUGCUGAUGUGGCCCUGGAACUGUACCAGCACCGGCGCACCAAGGAGUGGUUUGUGCGCAUGACCUACCAGGGAGAGGAGAAAGUGGUGAAAGGCUGUAAAACAGGACUCUGCCCACUCGAAGAAUUUCUGGACGUUAUUUCACGGUACUCGCUCACUCCGGAGAAGUACAGCAGCCUGUGCUGCAAAGUGGACAGGAGUUGAAAAACUAACUCAUAAUUAGUUAUAAAUUAAAGUUAGUCACAAUUUAUUGUCACAAUCUUCGACUGUUUUUCUUUAUGUCCUUGCUAGCCUUCUCUAUUGCAAAUGUAUUUUAGAUGAGGGGACAUUUUCCUACCAGACACAGGGUGGCACAGUGUCACUUUACACUGUUAGCAGCAGGCUGAAAGAAGCCACGUGACAGAAUGGCUCAAGUUUUCUUCUGAGGUGACCACACAAAAGCAGGGAGAGGCUGAAAACAACGAGGGUGAGAGGAGACCAUUUAAAAUUGCCCAUCUGUAUCAGGAAUAUUGACAAAACAUGCCUCUUCCUCAUUUGCUGGGACUGUGGGAUGAAGCCCAGCUUACUCUAUGCUACCAGCCUUGAAAGCUUUGACAUAACAUUGAUUUUAUGUUUGGUAAACUGCAGAAGCCAUUGUGCCUUUCCCUUUCUUUUGGCAUUUUGGAGGGUUGCUUUCUGCAGCCAGAUGAGCCUCCCUAAUUGCACAGCAUUGAGCUACCCCAUCUUCUUGAGGGCAUUUUCACGCACAGGAAACAUCUCCAAGGGGACAGCAAGCCUCCAAACCUCUUCCCUGCACUCCUCUAAUUAUGGAA